UUGUCCUGAUUGCCCAUUCUUUCUAUGGCUAACGAUAUGAAGUUAAAAGAAAAUGUCUGCAUUGCAUUGCAUUGAAUUAGCAGACAGUAUCUAUUCUGACAAACAACCACUCAAAAUUUUGAGGAAGCAGAGAUGAAGCUAUCAGGCACAGGGCCUAAGCCAUGAAGUCCAAGCUCAAUAUGCAGAAGCAUUGCCCCAAAAUAAUUCUCCGGCCAGCUUGUUCCAUUCUCAUAUUAGGCAUAUGUGGAUAUUUAACCUUAAAGUUGUGCAUGCUGACCAAACAAACUAGAAACAGUGUCAUGUCGGAUUCAUAUGUACAAGACAGGAAAUCAUUUUCGGGUAUUGAAGCAACUUCGAGAUUGCUACUUCCUCUAAACACAUCAGCAUUGAAUUUAGCAAGAUCACUGAGUUCAAUUCUAAAUGGCACUGAACUACCAUUUGUUGCAAUUCAAACAAAGAUUGCGCCAAUAUUGUUUGUUGCCCUCUCAACGAUUCCACAUCUAGCACAGAUUUCCUACAUUGGAUUGAAUGGCCUAAUUUUUUCAUAUUACAAUGACAAGGACCAGAAGGUAGCAGUGUUUUCCAACACUUCCUUUUCUUCGAAUUGGUACAGUAUGCCAGUGAACCGUGAUACUGGGAUGUUAUAUGGGGAGGCAGUUGCUUUGAAAGCUGUGGUUAGCAUGAACGAAAGCUGGUUUCAGGAAUCCUUGAAUAGGACGAAUGGGUACUGUUCACUAGGCAGAGGAUGGAACAAUGCUCAUGAUAGCCUAUUUUUUACCACUGUUGCUAUGGAUGGAAGGGGUGUUAUAUCUGUUGGAUUUCCUGCUGAAGUGGUUAUCGAUCAUUUCGCUGCAUUAGAUUUUAACGGAGGGGAUUUUCACCUGGCUACUGCUGAAGGAGAUGUGAUUGUGCAAACAAGGCUUCCAAAUACUGAGAUAGUAGUACGUAAUAGCACAGUGUCUGUUCAAUCAUUGAGACCUCAUGGUCACCAAAUACGUAGUGUAGGUAAUGUGUCAUGUGUAUCUGUUGAUGGGAAAUUAGGAUCCUUUAAUGGCAGAAUCAUGGGAGAGAAGUACACAUUUUAUUGCUCCACCAUUGAGAUUGCUGGAGUUCCUUCAGUAUAUGUGUUAGCUUAUCCCAGCAAAAAAUUGGUAGGCCUAAUCCAAGAGAACAGCAAGCUAUCAUUGAUGCUUCUCAAGCUCAUGUUCAUAUCCAUAGCUGUCGCAGUCGGCAUCUUCAUUUUCUUCACCAUUAGAGCUGCAAAAAGAGAAAUGUUCUUAUGUGCUGCUUUUAUAAAGCAAAUGAAUGCAACUCAACAAGCAGAGCGCAAAAGCAUGUUCAAAACUCAAACCUAUUUGAGGGCAAACCAUGACAUCCGAUCUUCCUUGGCAGCAAUCACAACUUUGCUGGAUCUUUGUCAUGAUGAAGUCAAUCCUGCCUCCGAGUUAGCUGAAAAUUUGGCUCAAACAAAGACUUGCGCAAAGGACCUCCUAGGCAUAUUAAAUUCAGUUCUGAAGAUGAGUAAAAUUGAAGCUGGGAAAAUGGAUCUUGAAGAAGAAGAAUUCAACUUGGCUCAACUCCUUGAGGAUGUUGUUGAUAUGUUCUAUCCUUUAGGUAUCAAGAAGGGCAUAGAUGUCAUGCUUGAUCCUUGUGAUGGUUCCAUUGGGAAAUUAUCUCUGGUGAGAGGCGACAGAGUCAAGCUCAAACAAAUUCUAUGUAACUUACUCAGCAAUGCUAUCAAGUAUACAUCAGAAGGUCAUGUCUCAGUUCGUGCAGUGGUCAAGAAGAGAAGCUUUGAGAAAAAAAUCAUUGCUUCUAAUGGAAAUGCAGUAUUGAAGUGCCUAUCCCAGUUGUUCUGCAAGAAAGAAGACUAUGAGGAUAUAGAUGCCCUUCAUAGAGCUGAACAGAAUCUCAACAAAAUGGAGUUUGAAUUUGAGGUGGAUGAUACAGGCAAGGGAAUUCCUAAAGACAAGCAAGCAUCUAUUUAUGAAGAGUUUUUUCAGGUUAAGGAAACAGCUCUUGCUGGAGGCCGCGGUCUUGAAGAAGAAGGUUGUGGUCUGGGACUUGGCAUUGUCCAAUCUAUUGUGCGCCUGAUGGACGGAGAAAUAGGAAUUGUUGAGAAAGAGCCUGGUGAAAGAGGCACUUGUUUCAGGUUCACUGUUCUGCUUACCGCAUGUCAACCUGAGUUGGCUGAACCUUUAGAAGACUCUCCGAAUGGAUUUCAUCCACAUUUUUCAUUUAUCAGGAACCCUGCAACUAGAUCAGAGGGAUCCCAUUCCCAUGUGAUUCUCUGCAUAGCUGGGGAGGAAAGGAAGAGAGUUUUAAAGAGAUACAUAGAGAGCUUAAACAUAAAAGUGACAUUAGUAAAACAAGGGAAGAGCCUUCAUCAAGAGCUCGAAAAGAUAAAGCGCAAGUUGUAUUUUUCUCACUGCAAUCAUUCUGGGAAACCCGAUUUGCGUUUAGUCGACUACCUCACCAAAUCUGCAUCAAACAGUUCUGAUUCAGGAGCAAGUGAUCCACAUUUUGGCAUCAAGGAAGGAAGUGACAGUGUUUUGCCACAAUACAUAAAGAGCAACUCUAGAAGUGUUGCAGCUUUCACGGUAGUUGUAAUCGAUUCCAGUGCUGGUAAUUUCUCCGAAUUGUGCUCUGCUGUUGCCAGCUUCAGGACAGACAUUCCCGAUUCCUUAUGUAAGGUUGUUUGGUUAGAUAACCCCGUCACUCGUACACUUUUGAGAGACAAGCAGGAUGCCAGGCUAAUCCCUCCAUGCGAUCACCUCAUAUAUAAACCUUUCCACGGAUCACGCUUGACCCAAGUUCUCCAUCUGCUUCCUGAACGCAAAGGCACGUCUCAUUGCAACUUCCCCAAGUUAACAAACCAGACAGCAACCCUGGAAGCCAUGCAUUCUGCUAACACGAACCCUUCAAAGGAGACUGAGUCCGGGCCCUCCCUGCAGCAGAUGGUGACACAGAAAACUGAUGGGAAAAGAAUGGGGAAACCCUUAAAAGGGAAGAAGAUUCUGGUGGUGGAAGAUGAUAAGCUGUUGCGCAGGUUGACAGUCACCAGUCUUGAGAAACUGGGAGCAGAAGUUGAAGUCUGUAUAAAUGGGAAAGAGGCCUUGGAUGAAAUCUGCAAGAAUUUGAGAGAGAAGAAGGAAGGGAACUCCUCCCGGAGUGUCCGCCAUGAUUAUGUCAUCAUGGACUGCGAGGUACUCUUACUAACUUCUGGGUUUCAACAUGGAAGUUCUAAGAAGUAUGAAAACAUGUCAUUGCUCUGUUUCUUUUUGCAGAUGCCGGUGAUGGACGGGUACGAAGCAACGAGACUGAUACGAAUGGAGGAGGCGAGGUAUGGUGUCCACGUCCCCAUCAUAGCGGUAACAGCACAUGCUAUGCCAGAGGAAGCAAACAAGACUAUGGGCGCUGGGAUGGAUUUCCAUUUGACUAAACCAUUGCAAGUGGAUAAAUUGCUAGAGGCUAUUCAAAGGAUCGAUAGUAAAUGAACAAAAAGGAAGAAGAAAAACAGAGUAGUUUUUGCAGAGUAGGGGAUCCUUUUCUUUCCUGAAUUGGAAACAGAUUUUUUAGCUGGAAAUUAAUUUUCAGUGAUGUUCGUGCUGGUAAUUGCAUUGUUUCUCUAUUAGGCCCAACAAUC